CAACAAUCAAAACUUUCUCCUCUCUCUCAACAUCAACACUCUAACGCAUCAACAAUGCCUUCUGCUACACGCAAGUCACAAGCCAUCGGCAUUGACCUUGGCACGACUUAUUCUUGUGUCGCAGUGUUCCAGCACGGCAAGGUCGAAAUUAUCGCCAACGACCAGGGCAACCGCACUACCCCGUCGUAUGUCGCCUUCUCAGACACGGAGCGCAUGAUUGGCGACGCCGCAAAGAACCAAGUGGCCAUGAACCCCGAAAACACCAUCUUUGACGCCAAGCGCCUCAUCGGCCGUCGCUUUGACGACCCUGCUGUCCAGUCAGACAUGAAGCACUGGCCCUUCAAGGUGCUCAGCGAGGGUGGCAAGCCAAAGUUCCAGGUCGAGUACAAGGGCGAGCAGAAGACCUUCACACCCGAGGAAAUCUCCUCGAUGGUGCUGCUCAAGAUGAAGGAGACUGCAGAGGCCUAUCUCGGCACGACCGUGACCGACGCCGUUGUGACCGUCCCCGCUUACUUUAACGACGCGCAGCGCCAGGCCACCAAGGACGCUGGCACGAUUUCCGGUCUGAACGUUCUCCGCAUCAUCAACGAACCGACCGCCGCCGCUGUUGCGUACGGCCUCGACAAGCGCGGCAGCUCCGCCAAGGAGCAGAACAUUCUCAUCUUUGAUCUCGGUGGCGGCACGUUCGACGUGUCCAUUCUGACCAUUGACGACGGCAUGUUUGAGGUCCGCGCCACCGCUGGCGACACCCACCUUGGUGGCGAGGACUUUGACAACCGCAUGGUCAACCACUUUGUCGAAGAGUUCAAGCGCAAGCACAAGAAGGACUUGGCCUCGUCCUCGCGUGCGCUUCGUCGCCUGCGCACGGCGUGCGAGCGUGCCAAGCGCACCCUCUCGUCCUCGACCGAGGCUUCGGUCGAAAUUGACUCGCUCUUUGAGGGUGUCGACUUUUACACCAAGAUUACCCGCGCGCGCUUUGAGGAGCUGUGCGCCGACCUCUUCCGCUCGACCCUUGCCCCCGUGGACAAGGCCCUGAACGACGCCAAGAUGGACAAGAGCAAGAUUGACGAAAUUGUCCUGGUUGGCGGCUCGACUCGCAUUCCCAAGGUCCAGAAGCUGCUUCAAGACUACUUUAACGGCAAGGAGCUCAACAAGAGCAUCAACCCCGACGAGGCUGUCGCGUACGGUGCCGCCGUCCAGGCUGCCGUCAUCACGGGCGACAAGCACGACACGCUCCAAGACGUCGUUCUUGUCGACGUGGCCCCUCUCACGCUCGGCAUUGAAACUGCCGGUGGUGUGAUGACCGCCCUUGUCAAGCGCGGCACGCGCAUCCCGACCAAGACCUCGCAGGUGUUCUCGACGUUUGCCGACAACCAGCCUGCCGUCACCAUCCAGGUGUACGAGGGCGAGCGCGCCAUGACGCGCGACAACAACAUGCUCGGCAAGUUUGACUUGACUGGCUUGCCCCCGGCGCCGCGCGGCGUGCCCCAGAUUGAGGUCAGCUUUGACAUUGAUGCCAACAGCAUUCUGAAUGUCUCUGCCGUCGACAAGUCCACCGGCAAGUCCACCAAGAUCACCAUCACCAACGACAAGGGCCGUCUGUCCAAGGAGGAGAUUGACCGCAUGGUUGCCGACGGUGAAAAGUUCAAGAAGCAGGACGACGAGCAGCGCGAGAAGAUUCAGGCCAAGAACUCGCUCGAGGGCUUUGCCUUCCAGGUCAAGCAGGCUCUCGACGACGAGAGCAUUGCCGGCAAGAUUCCCGCCGACGAGAAGCAGGCUGUCUCGCAGAAGGUUGAGGAGACGCUCAGCUGGAUUGAGUCCAACCAGCUCGCUGACAAGGAGGAGUUUGAGCACCGUCAGCAGGAACUGCAGAAGGCGUGCGGCCCAGUGAUGACCAAGCUCUACCAGCAGCAGCAACCCGGUGGUGCCGGCAUGCCCUCUGCUGGUGCUGCCCACUCCUCCGGCCCCACUGUCGAGGAGGUCGACUAAAAGCGCCUGAAACAGCUUUUGAUUUAUUGUUUCCCUGAAUUGUUCUAGUAUUUGUAUUGUACUGUACUGCACAGCUUGUUUGUUGUCUGGUUUUAAGCUAUUCCUGUGAAUACACACACA